UCAUCUCUGCGUUCGAGAAUCGGGCCAGGCUAUUGGAGGGUAACCGAUCACGUGAACAUUUUUACUUCCGGAAAACAAAGCCAUGGAAGCUGAUGGUUCGUAUGAGCCUGGAUUUGUGGGGAUCCGAUUUUGUCAGGAAUGAUAUACAGUGAUCCAAUCUUGGAUAUUGUCUUUUUCGCGGGCAGAGGAGAGCCCUAGUGAUCGAUGGACUGGGAAUACAGCGUUCCGGAGAUUCGAACUUGUAAUUUGUUAUAAGAGUUCUUAUUGGUUGUGAGGCAACAAAACAUGAAAAAUGCCUAGGGGGUGAAGACUUUUGCAUGGCACUGUAACUUCUUGAAAUUACGAAUUGCAACAACAUGUUGUAUCCUAAAGAAGAUAAAGAAAACAGGAUCCUUCUUUAUGCGUGCCGAAAUUGUGACUACCAACAGGAGGCUGAUAAUAGCUGCAUAUAUGUGAAUAAGAUUACACAUGAAAUCGAUGAGCUCACCCAGAUCAUCGCUGAUGUAGCUCAGGAUCCUACCCUGCCACGUACAGAGGAUCAUCCCUGUUCUAAAUGUGGACACAAAGAAGCAGUGUUUUUCCAGUCUCACAGUGCUAGAGCUGAGGAUGCCAUGCGACUGUAUUAUGUGUGUACAGCACCACACUGUGGUCAUCGCUGGACAGAGUGAUUGCUGGCGGCUUAAUUAGCCUUAUGUUUUUUCAGGAUAUGUUAUAGUGUCUGAAUUCUGAAAAAUGUUUUUAUAUUUUUAGAUAUGUAUUAUAUUGUUUUCUGUAAAUAAAUACUUGGUCCUUUU